AUAGUUUGUGGUACUCUAUACUAGUUACUAACCUCAAUUUCGGUACUUCUUAAUUUGAGAAGAUUUGGACAUGCUGGAGACCACUCGGCGACCUGAUAGACAUCGACAUCGUGUGAAUCCGUUUGAAUUGAGUGACGAAGAUUUUAGGUAUAAGUAUAGGUUCUCAAAACGUUUCGGAGAAAAAAUAGUGGGUAUCUUACGUGAGGAUUUAGUGCACGACCCUCGAGGAUGCCCAUUGAGUCCUGAAAUUCAAGUGGUUUGUGCAUUACGCAACUGGGCUCGCCAUGAAGUAAGUGCUGUUUAUAAUCUUGGUGGGGUCAAUGUACCUCACAUUACGCUAGAUAAAAAGCCAAAAAAUACAUAUUAUGGUUUUAUUCGUAGAUUCAAGACGAUACAGCUGAUUUACAUGGUGUGUCUCAACCAGUAGUCAGUAGGACAUGUAAAAAAGUAGUGGAAAUUUUGUCACGGAAGUCCCGAGAAUUUAUUAAAAUGCCUACUACUUUAAAUGAACAGCAGGAAACCAUUAGGAAAUUUCGCAGUAUUGCUAAUUUUCCUACAGUAAUUGGCGCAAUUGACUUGAAUUAUAUAUAAUUUAUUUUAUUUUGUUAUUCAGAGGCCAAUUUUGGCUAUAAAAUUACAUUAAAGAUCAAUAAAUGUAUAAGACUAUUAUAAUAAUAUUUCUUUUUGAUUUCAGACAUAAUACCCAUUUAUAAAGGAAAAUAUUUCUGCAGAGCCGUUGUCAGCUGUCAAAGAAUAACGACUACAUAUUCACCAAUAUGAAAUAAAUUCAGGGGAGUAUUGUGAUAAUAUUUCAUUUAUUGAGCAAAAUGCUUUUAUUUAGGCUAUAAAUAAUUGUGUUUCAGGGAAAGAUGCGGGGUACAGCACAUUCCACAUCAAUAUGAAGCUAUAUUAUAUAAAGACUUAAGUGCUGUAGAGAUAUGUUUAGAUUUUUUUAAUAAAUAUCGUCCCUCCUCUACAUUCACAGCCGGAUUUCCUUUCCAGAAGUGCACAGGUCCACAGGGAGUAGGACUGUAUGAUGACUAAUUAAUUAGGUUUAGUUUUUUUUAUUAUAGUUUUUUACUUUUGUAUAUUAUAUUUCAUUGUUAUGUAAAUAAAAUGCAUAUUAAUUAUAAUUAUUUAUUUUAAUUAUUAAUAAAAGAUGUACAAAUAUUUGCAGCAAUUAAGUACCUGAAAAUAAUAGUUUCAUAUAUGAGGAUAUAUACAAACAUGUAUCUGAUAUAGUCUCAAAUAUUUAGUUUUUUUUUUAUAGGAUAAUGGUGAUAAACACAGUCUACCACACACACACACACACACACACACACACACACACACACAGUCCAUCUGAUGUUAAGUAACUGCUGUGGUGCAUAAGACGUCCACAUCUAUCCUCGACUACAAAUCAAAAUGCAGAUGCGUUGUCACCCGUGUGGAGUAAGAUGGAAUGCCUCGUUUCCUGUAAAAGAGGUCUCUCUCGUACAAAAUUUGUACAAAAUUUAUCCAAAAUUUGUCAAUAAACAAGUUUAAAUGUUUUAUUAAAGAAAAAUUUUAUAAAAAGGUUAUUAUAAUAUCAAAGAAUACAUAAAUGAAAAUAUUGGAAAUACUGGAAUUGAGGUGAUCGCCACCAUGGUGGUUGUAUUAAAAUUCAUUUAAAAAUUGUACAAAUAAAAUUAUUGUUAAGAGAAAUAUGUUUAUAAAAAAGUCCCGCUGGGUUUCUUACUAGUUCUUCCCAGGGCUGAGAUAUUUUCCGAACCAGUGGUAAAUAAAAAAUGUCUUUCAAUAAGUAUUCUGUAAUAAUCUAUAUUUAAUAAAAAUCAUUCUAUUCUAUUCUCGUUCUAUACACUCACCAUAAUAAACACAGCAGCGUUAAGCUGCUAUUUAACUUGUGUUUUUCUGACUUUCUAAUAAAGAUAUUUGUAACUCUAAUUUUCUAAUUUUUAGGUUAGCUAUUUUAAUAUUGUAUUUAUGUUCCUCUUCCAUCAUUUCCAGUUGUCUUUUUUUAAAAUCUGUGUUACUUUUUACAAUUGUUUGGUGUAAAUCUUCUCUUCUGUAAAAUGAAAUGGAAUACUUUGUGUGUUGAAUGAAUGUUUUUAUUUUAGACAUUUACAAAGUAUUCUAGAGUAAUAAAAGUGCACUUAACCUUGUACACCAAUUAAAGAAAUAUUUUUUAAUUAUUUUUAAAUCAAUUCAUAUUAAACUUUGCUUUUAAUAUUUGAAAACAUGAAACAAUUUUCAGUGUUUAAAUACUAAUUUUCACAUUUUAAAAAGUAUGUAAUGUAUCAGACUAUGUAAUUUUUUCAACAUACCUAUUUUUCCUGUUUUUAAUUUUUGUUAUACCCCUAGUAAUAACAGUUUUAUUGUUGGUUAUUUUCACCAUUUUGGCACUUUCUUCUGUAUCUGUAGUUAGAUCUAUCUCUAAAAAUUAAUAUAAAUAUAACAGUUUUAGAAAAUUAACAUGUAUAAUAUUUACAAACUUGUGUGCAUAUGAUUGUAACUAUAAUAAUAAUAUAUUUUGCUUUUU